UAGGCUGGGUCCAGCUGAGUAGCUUGGGGUGUGCGGCAGCCAUGGCUUGGGGGGUAUGGGGCAGGGCUCGGGGGGGCCCUGUGGGGGCCCUAACCCUGACAGCUCUGGCUGAAGAGAUCCGGGCCAACCAGGGGCAGCCCCCAGGACCCUCUGCCAUUGACCCUCAGCCUGAAUCUGAGCUUGAACCUGAGGCGGAGCCUACGGGUGUCACUGCCAUCCCCACAGCCCGCCCUGUGCCCUGCUCUCUGCCCAGGGUGCAAGAGCCAGCCCCCAAGGGGCUCUAUCAGGACCCCCCAAAUUCCUGGGAGGAGGGGGCCCUGGCUGACCUGGCAUUGUAUGCGGCUGCCUGCUUGGAAGAGGCUGGCUUUGCGGGGACCCAGGCAACAGCCCUCACACUGUCCUCAGCCCUGGAGGCCCGGGGGGAGCGUCUGGAGGAGCAGGUGUAUGCCCUGGUGCGCGGGCUGCUGGCACAGGUGCCCAGCCUGGCCGAGGGGAGGCCCCGGCAGGCGGCCCUCCGGGUACUGAGUGCGCUGGCCCUGGAGCAUGCUCAGGAGGUGGUGUGUGCGCUGUUGCCCAGCUCGCUGCCCCCGGACCGGGUGGCUGCUGAGCUGUGGCGCAGCCUGAGCCGAAACCAGCGCGUGAAUGGGCAGGUGCUGGUACAGCUGCUGUGGGCACUGAAGGGCGGAGCCGGGCCCGAGCCGGAGGCACUGGCGGCCACUCGUGCCCUUGGGGAGAUGCUGGCUGUGUCCGGCUGCGUAGGCGCCACUCGGGGCUUCUACCCACACCUCCUGCUCGUGCUGGUCACACAGCUGCACCAGCUGGCGCGGCGCGCGUCCUCCCCCGACACCCCCAAAGCUUGGACCCCAUCGCACCGAGGGCCGCCACACAGCCACGCCAGCUGCGCUGUGGAGGCCCUGAAGGCCUUGCUCACCGGGGACGGCGGCCGCAUGGUGGUCACGUGCAUGGAACAGGCUGGAGGCUGGAGGAGGCUGGUGGGGGCCCACACCCACCUCGAAGGCGUCCUGCUGCUGGCCAGUGCCAUGGUGGCCCACGCGGACCACCACCUGCGAGGCCUGUUCGGGAACUUGUUGCCCCGGCUGCGCAGCGCCGACGACACGCGGCGCCUCACGGCUAUGGCCUUCUUCACCGGGCUGCUGCAGAGUCGGCCCACGGCAGGGCUUCUGCGGGAAGAGGUCAUCCUGGAGCGGCUCCGCGCCUGGCAGGGCGACCCCGAGCCCACCGUGCGCUGGCUGGGCCUGCUCGGCCUAGGCCACCUGGCGCUGAGCCGCGGGAAGGUGCGGCACGUGAGCAAGCUGCUGCCCGCGCUACUGGGCGCGCUGGGCGAGGGCGACGCGCGGCUCGUGGACGCCGCGCUGGGCGCGCUGCGGCGGCUCCUGCUGCGGCCUCGGGCGCCGGUGCGGCUGCUGAGCGCCGAGCUGGGGCCGCGCCUCCCGCCGCUGCUGGACGACGCCCGGGACUCGGUCCGCGCCUCGGCUGUUGGACUUCUCGGGACGCUGGUGCGGCGGGGCCGGGGCGGGCUCCAGCUGGGGCUCCGCGGCCCCCUGCGGAAGCUGGUGCUGCAGAGCCUCGUGCCGCUGCUCUUGCGCCUGCAAGAUCCCAGCAGGGACGCCGCUGAGAGUUCAGAGUGGACCCUGGCCCGCUGUGAUCACGCCCUCCGUUGGGGCCUGCUGGAGGAGAUGGUCACCGUGGCCCACUACGACAGCCCUGAGGCCCUAAGCCGCAUCUGCCACUGCCUGGUUCAGCAGUACCCGAGUCACAUCCCCAGCUUCCUGAGCCAGACCCAGGGCUACCUGCGGAGCCCGCAGGACCCCUUGCGCUGGGCAGCUGCUGUGCUCCUAGGCUUCCUCGUCCAUCACACAAGCCCCAGCCGGGUCAACCAGGACCUGCUGGACUCCCUGUUCCAGGACCUGGGGCAGCUGCAGAAUGAUCCAGAGCCAGCCGUCGUCGCCGCGGCUCAAGUGUCCGCCCAACAGGUGGCGCUGCUGGCCCGCGCACAGCCGGGGCCGCGCCUCCCGCGUCUCCUCCGCCUGGGCCUCUGGCGCCGCGCGGGUCCCCACCGACCCCCACCAGUCUACGCGAGCAGUCCAUUCCAGCCCCGGAGCGUCGUGGGCCGCUGGGGCUGCUUGGGAUCCGGCUGUGCCUGACCCCAAGCCAGCCCGCAGGGUACCUGGGUCUGAGGCAGGCACCGCACUGCUCUGUGGUUCAUCCUGGGUGGGGGGUGGGGGGAGCGAUCCGGGGAAGAGGCUCCGCUCCAGGGGCCCCUGGGCCCGGUACCAGAUGCUGUGAGCAAGCCC